AUGGGGGCAAAUCACGACGGAGAUAAUGGGAAUAAUUGCCGGUACGAGGAUCAGUUCCUGAUGGCCUGGAAGAACGAUCCCGGCAGUGGCGUCAACAACCUCCACACAUUUUCCCCGUGCUCCAUCAAUUACUUUGACGAUACGGUCCAGAGAUUGGACACAGCGAUGAAAGAUAAAAACUGUUUGAAAGUGAGCGCUAGGGAUAACGGUGAAUUUGCUGAGCACCUGAAAACCCUCCCAGGUCAAAAGUUCAGCGUGGACCAGCAGUGUCAGUUUGUAUUCGGGCCGGGCUCAUAUUUCUGCAGUGCGGGAGAAGAGUCAGACGAGAAAGUUUGCGAAGAAAUGUUCUGUAAAAACCUGGACGAAGGCCAGUGCAAAGGGGGCAAGAUGUAUAGGGCCUACGAUGGCACGCCCUGCGGCAACAAACGUUGGUGCAUGGGCGGUAAGUGCGUCGCGGAUAGCAAUGCCCCCACCGGAAGAGGUCAGUUUGUGAAAUUUUUGAAAAUUUUGAAGAUGGUUAUUUUAGAAUUAUGA